GCAGCCAAGUGCCACUCAGCAGCGGCCACCUCAGCAGUGCCACAUCAGCAGGUGCCACUUCAGCGGUGACACAUCAGCAGUAGGCGAAGGCCAGAGUACUUGAUGCGCCGCAGUCAACGACUGGGCGAGCACGGAUCUGCAGGAGCCAAGCCUCAACAGGGACCUAGGACCCCUCGGAUUCCGCGCAGGCCACGCACGACCAUGGCUGCUACCGCUGACGACAAUGCACAAGCCAGCCCCAAGAGGCCGGUUACCCCUCCUAUCCCAGUUCAGCAGGCCGAUGAACCGCUUCUAGCGUUUCUGAAACAGCUCCAGCUCUACCUGGAGACCACGGCAGCUGAACUCAGCAAGUGGGAAGAGGAGGAAGCCGCCCGCCAGCAGGAAAUACAACGCCAGCUGGCAGAGGCAGAAGCAGCACGUCAGCAGGGCGCAUCAGAAGCUGCAGCAGCCGCACGGUUGCAACAGCAGCAGGUCGAGGCAAGUCAACACCAAGCUCGUUACCAAGCCACGAUGGACCUUGCACGCGACGAAGCCACGUAUAGCAGGCUACUUCAACGACAGCAUUUCCACGAAACCGAAGAACGGGAAGAGUCGACCGAGGAAGAAACUAACAAGGAAGGUGCAGCAGGACUGAUGGAGAAUCUGCUGUACACGUGCAAUUGGCAGCAACGUGAACUGCUGGCCAUACGGCAGGUCUUCAUCCGCCAUGAAACAACAUUCAAGGCAUUGGACAAGAAGAUCGCGACCCUGCAGGCCGAGAUCAGCACACUACACGCCGCCAACAGCCAGCAGCAAACACUAAAUGACCAGCUGCAGACCGAUGUCAGCAUGGGGUUGGCACAACUGUCAGCACCUGCAUCAACAGGUAGUGCAGUGGUAGACUGCAGCCCAGCUUUGGCCGCGCAGGCCAAGCAACUGGAAGAGCGGAUCAACCACUUGGUCGCAUCCCUCGGCGACAUCAGCAAGUUCGCUGGAGCAUCGACAAUCGAGAAGUUCGAUGACUAUCACAAGACUGAUCCGCUGCAAUGGUGGAUGGCUUUCAACGCAGAGGCGGAUGUACAUCACACACCCGCCCAUCGGCGGCUUGACGCACUCUACCUCCAACUCAUUGGAGGGGCGCAGGCUUUCAUGACACACAUGGCCGUCACGUUGGAAUGCACCAUCGCCAACCUCCACACUAAGAUUAUGCGGGAGGAAUUCGAGAAGAAAUGGAAGACCCGGUUCUUGGUCAACAAUGACAAACGGCACGCCACGAACAAGAUCUUCCGCAUAUACCAAGGCCAGCAAACAUCACGGGAAUGGUUGACGAAGGAGUGGCAAAGACUCGUCGCCACCCCGGAGUUGAACUUACCGUUCGACUCAAUCCGGGCCGAGUUCUUCGCCCGGUCAUGCGACGCCUUGACUGCUGCUUUGGGCAGCGAAUUCCAGUAUAAGACCUUUGAUGACAUGAUAUCAAAGGCAAGGGAGCUCAUACAAGGUAACCAGCGGGCGGCCAACGAGACCCGCCAACAGCCCGGUUACGUGGCGAAAGGCAAUGGUAAACGGACACCGCAAGUAGCAGCAGUCCAGCAAGGAACAAGUGAGGACCACGCACCGCGUCUACAUCAAGUGACGGAGAUGUGGCGGCAGCGAUACCACCGCAACGCUCAAGACCCCGAGGAGGAAAACAGAAGGCGAAACCAGCGUUGGCGGAUGGAGCACGACAGGCACCAUGGACAAAGUUCGGCAUUACCGAAGACAUGUUCAAGUUGCACCGCGGGAAGUGCAGCGACAUCAUUUCCCAAUCCGCCGGAGUCGGCUGCCUUGCUAGCAGCCUCUCUCACAUCCGGGGAUGACGCAGUAGUCGCAAGUUCUCGCAUUCAGUUCGAGAACUAUGUUGUCGAGCUGGUCCCACCGUUGAACCAGCCCCUCCACGUGCAAGAUUCAAGCGCAUGCGUGGUAGUUCCGCCGUCGGACAACGAACCGGUUGCAUCGUCAGCCCUUCUAUCGGAGGUUCCGUCAACUUGGGCGAGUCUCGAGGAACUCGACCCGUUGACGGUUGAGGACUUCCAAUGGUUGCCUCUUCCCUCCACCGGUUCUUUGCCAACACCGCAUCACAAUGCCUUAACGGCACAUCUGCAUGAAUACUUGCACGUUGCAGUACCACCUCCGUCGACGGACGGCGGAGAAGCAGUUGUUGACCUUCGUAACUAUCUUGCGAAGAUCGACCGCGAGUACGCAACGCAACAGUACGUCGACAUCGACGCGCCGCUCCUCUACAUCCGCAUUCAGAUCGGAAAGGCGACCUGCAGUGCCUUGAUCGAUUGUGGAGCGACUUGUAACUACAUCAGCCAGGACUUCAUGGCACACGCCGGGCUUGGCCCGCUCGUUCGAAGGAAAAGUCAGGUCUGUUCGCCAUACGGUGCUCCCGUUCUCUUUGUCCGGAAGAAGAACAAGGACCUUCGUUUGUGCAUCGACUAUCGGAAACUUAACGCGCAAACGAUCAAGAACGUCGGCCCUCUCCCUCGGAUAGAGGAUCUUCUCGAGCGACUAGGCGGCGCCAAGUACUUCUCAAAGCUUGACCUCAAGUCCGGAUACCACCAGAUCGAGAUCCAGCCAACAGAUCCGUACAAAACCGCAUUCAAGACGCGGUAUGGGCACUUUGAGUGGAUCGUCAUGCCUUUCGGUCUCACCAAUGCCCCGGCUACUUUCCAAGCGGCUAUGACGACAGAAUUUUGCGACUUGCUCGACCACACCGUACUCAUUUACCUUGAUGACAUCUUGGUUUAUAGCCGGACACUGGACGAGCACCUUCGCACCGUUUUGGAGCGGCUCCGUAUCGCCAAGUACAAGGCAAACCGCGACAAGUGCGAGUUUGCCCAGCAAGAGCUGGAGUACUUGGGCCAUUACGUUACGCCGCAAGGCAUUCCUCCGCUCGCAGACAAGGUAAAAGCCAUUCAAGAUUGGUCGGACCUCAAGUGUACUACCGACGUCCGCUCCUUUCUCGGCUUUGCAUCAUACUACAUGCGCUUCGUCAAAGGAUUUCAACGUAUCGCUGCACCAUUGUCGCGACUUCAAUCCCCCCUGGUGCCCUUCGAGUUCAGCGGCAAAGCCCAGAAUGCGUUUCACACGUUGAAGACAGCUUUGCUUCAAGCUCCCGUCUUAAGCAUCUAUGACCCGACCUUGCCUACCAAUGUGACUACGGACGCUUCCGGCUAUGGCAUUGGCACGGUUUUGGAACAGCAUGACGGCACAGACUGGCAUUCGGUUGAGUACUUCAGCCAAAAGGUGCCACCCAUCAACACUCUUGAUGAUGCGAGGAAGAAGGAACUGCUAGCUUUUGUCACCGUACUUAAGCGUUGGCGUCACUUUCUCCUCGGGCCUUUCGUCUAUGUCUGAGGCCAGGGCAUUCACACCCCUGAUGAAUGUUUGAGAGUGUUCGAUUGCAGUCCGAGUCAGUCCAAGGUAUCUCAAGUCUUCCGCUUGCAUUUGUAUUAACUCU